CAGCGCGCACGCCUGCGGGAGCCCUCUCCAAGCAACCUAGUGCUGAUCGCUCGUGCCGGUGCGGCCGUUAACCGCCCUUGCGGGAGCCGGAGGCUCAAGAGCAGCCCCCUCCCCUUCCUGGGCUUCCCCCCACCCACUUUCCGGUCGGCCCCGGGGCAUGAGCAGCGAUGGCCGGCUGCAGCCCGGAGGAGAAAACUUACCGGCGCUUCCUGGAGCUAUUCCUGGGCGAGUUUCGCGGACCCUGCGGCGGCGGCGAGCCGGAGCCAGAACCCGAACCCGAGUCGGAGCCCGAGCCCGAGCCCGAACUGGUAGCGGCUGAGGGGGCCGAGGCUUCGGUCGAAGAGCCUGGGGAGGAGGCGGUCACGAUAGCCGCGACGAAGGAGGGGGAGCAAGAGCAAGACCCCGAACCCGAGGAGGAGGCGGUCGAGGAGGAGGCGGUGGCGGCGGCGGAGGGCGAGGAAGAGGAGGCGGCGGCCGCCCCGGGGCAGUCGGCUGUGCCGCCGCUGCCGCAGCCCCAGCUGCCGCCGCUGCCCCCGCUCCCGCGGCCGCUGUCGGAGCGCAUCACCCGCGAAGAGGUGGAGGGCGAGAGCCUGGACCUGUGCCUGCAGCAGCUCUACAAAUAUAACUGCCCUUCCUUUUUGGCUGCUGCUUUAGCCAGAGCCACAUCAGAUGAAGUCCUUCAGAGUGAUCUUUCUGCACAUUAUAUCCCAAAGGAAACGGAUGGCACAGAAGGGACUGUGGAGAUUGAGACAGUGAAAUUGGCCCGCUCCGUCUUCAGCAAACUACACGAGAUUUGCUGCAGCUGGGUGAAAGACUUCCCUCUCCGCAGGAGACCCCAGCUCUAUUAUGAGACAUCAAUCCACGCCAUCAAAAACAUGCGCAGGAAAAUGGAGGACAAACAUGUCUGCAUUCCCGACUUUAAUAUGCUCUUCAACCUAGAGGACCAGGAAGAACAAGCUUACUUUGCAGUGUUUGAUGGCCAUGGAGGAGUGGAUGCUGCCAUUUAUGCCUCCAUUCACCUGCACGUUAACUUAGUACGCCAGGAGAUGUUCCCCCACGACCCUGCUGAGGCCCUGUGCCGGGCCUUCCGGGUCACCGAUGAGCGGUUUGUGCAGAAAGCAGCCAGGGAGAGCUUAAGAUGUGGGACCACAGGAGUGGUGACUUUUAUCAGAGGCAACAUGCUACAUGUAGCCUGGGUGGGUGACUCCCAGGUUAUGCUUGUGAGAAAGGGCCAAGCUGUUGAACUAAUGAAGCCACACAAACCGGACAGAGAGGAUGAAAAGCAGCGAAUCGAGGCCCUUGGAGGUUGUGUAGUCUGGUUUGGUGCCUGGAGGGUGAAUGGAAGUCUAUCGGUCUCCAGAGCCAUUGGAGAUGCUGAACAUAAGCCAUAUAUCUGUGGAGAUGCAGAUUCUGCCUCUACCGUUUUGGAUGGAACUGAAGACUACCUCAUUCUAGCCUGUGAUGGCUUCUAUGACACCGUGAACCCCGAUGAGGCAGUGAAAGUUGUGUCUGACCACCUGAAGGAGAACAAUGGAGACAGCAGCAUGGUUGCCCACAAAUUAGUAGCAUCAGCUCGUGAUGCUGGGUCAAGUGAUAAUAUCACUGUUAUUGUGGUAUUCCUGAGGGACAUGAACAAAGCUGUAAAUGUUAGUGAGGAAUCAGAUUGGACAGAGAACUCUUUUCAAGGAGGGCAAGAAGAUGGUGGGGAUGAUAAGGAGAAUCAUGGAGAGUGCAAACGCCCUUGGCCUCAGCAUCAGUGUUCAGCACCAGCAGAUCUAGGCUAUGAUGGGCGUGUGGAUUCUUUCACUGAUAGAACUAGCCUGAGCCCAGGGUCCCAAAUCAACGUGCUGGAAGACCCAGGCUACCUAGAUCUUACACAAAUAGAAGAAAGCAAACCUCACAGUGCUCAGUUUUUGCCACCAGUUGAUAUGUUUGGCACUGGUGCACCAAAGAAAGCAAAUCUUAUUAAUGAGCUAAUAAUGGAGAAAAAAUCAGUUCAAUCAUCAUUGCCUGAAUGGAGUGGUGCUGGAAAGUUUCCCUCUUCCUUUAACUUGGGUUCAACAGGGCAGCAGAUACAUAGAAUGGAGAGCUUGUCUCCUAUCUGUUCUAGGUUGGAAAAUGAACAGUUCAAAUUCCUGGGAAAGAGAGUUUCUAGAUUAUCUCAUUUACGCUACCACUAUUCAAAGAGGCGGCACGGAUUCAGGUUUAAUCCAAAGCUUAGUUCAUUCCUCUCUGCUCAAGAGCAUUCCCACAAAAUAGGCACUAGCCUGUGUUCGCUUAUUCGAAGUGGGAGGAGAAAUAGGAUGUUAAGAAGUUCUCUGCCAUGGAGGCAAAAUAGUUGGAAAGAUUACAGUGAAAACAUGAUGAGGAAACUGAGACAGAAUAAUGAUAUUCCAUACCCAGAUCUUCCCUGGAGCUAUAAAAUAUAACAUUACUCUUUAAAGUAGGCUAGUUAGCUCCCCAACCACCCCCCCCCAAAAAAACCACUAUCAGAGUAGAAACAAGGUAGACAUUUCUGAAAUAUAUGUGCUUCAUUAUGAAAACAUGGGUGGCUCGAUUCUUAAAUGUAAAUAGAUCUCUAGGAAACUCAAAAUACAGUGUGUUCGAUCUGAAAAAAGUAUUGGCGGUUUCGCUAGCAAAAUUAUACAACUGAUGCCUGUGAUGUGUCCCCACACCUACAUACAACCCCACCGCCCUGCCUCUUCACGUCACUAGUGGAAGCUUGCGAGUUAGUUUAGUCAGGAUAUAUAGUGUUGAAAAAGCUCAAUGCAGUUGAAAUCUGGUCUGAUGUGCCUAAUAUAUCUAUGGAAAACUUAAUGCAGAAUUAGAUUUAGUUGGAGAAUAUUCCUCAAAAGACUGGAGACUAUGAAAGAACAACCCCCCCCUUUUUUUUUGGUAAGUAAAAGACUAAAAGCCAUAUGGGUUUUAAGUGGUAACAAGGAAAGCAGAACAGAAACCUAGCAUAAAAAUGUCAUAUUCUCAGACUUGUGAGGCGGCAUACAGUCAAAACGAUUUACUGAUUUUUUUUUUCUGUAACAUAAAAGACUUAGAAAAUUUUUUGAAUUAAAAAGUAUUUCCUAGGGUUGUAGCUAUUGGGGAAUUUCAUAACCUGUUAUGGUGCUUUUGGCAGAAUUUUUAUUAUUUGUCAUUUUAGAGGACCGCUGUCAACAGGUUAUAACCUGAUGCCAACAUGUUUUUCACUGUACCUUCAUCUCAGGAAUAAACUGGUUUAAUGGAGAUGAUGUCAGGUACAAAUAUACUAGAAUCAAGUUGCCAUUUAAAAUGAAAAUCAGAUAUUUCUAUUUUUCUGCCUUUUUUUUUAAAGGUCACAAAUAGCAAAGACAUAUACUACUAUUAAAAAGUGGCUUUGAAGAAUGAAAAAAAUACUAAUUUUAACUGUUUCCCCCAAGGGAGUGAAGUAAUUGGUGUGAAAGAGGCUGAAAGUACUGCUUAAAGCGAGCCCAGAGGCCAAGUGCAAAACAGAAUGCAGAUUGCCAAGCCCGAGGCCUGCUUGGUAAUAAAUGGAGAACACCCCAGAGUCCUGUUACAUGCAACUUCAGACUGCAGGGAUAGGACCCGUGUUUCUCAUUUCAAUAUUUAUUUGUAUUUGACAUUUUAAAAUUGUCCGCCUUUUUGCCAUUUCUGCAGUUUCGAGCCAGAAGCAUAUCUUCAACUAAAGGCAGCAAAUAAACUAAUAAUCAGAUUCAUUCAGUGAAGCAGCCUCUGAUUCUGAGAAUCAUGAAUGUCUCCACGUGACAUUUUACCCUCCCCCAGGCCACCACGGACCGGCCAUGUGAAUGGACAGGAGGUACUGAAGUAUUUUGCUGAGAAACGUCUUCUGCCUAAUCGUGUUUUCACAUAAUAAUACAGUUACUUACUGUUCCCCAGAUCUAGAACGGAGGGCUAAAGUUCUUGGAUUUUAAAACCAUAGGACUAUAUAGCGUAUUUUGGGUGCCAGUACAGCUAUAUCAAAUAACAACAGCUUCACUUUAGCAAUGAUCAGAUCGUUAAUCUGCAGAUUUUAUUUUAAAAAUUUGGAUGUAAGUAGAGAUUUUCAGUAUUUGUUUUCUCUUGAUUUUGAAGUCAUUUCUUAUCUCAAAUCUUGUGACACAUGGCUGAAAAGGAGGGAGUAUAAACAUGGCUCCAACUAAAGUACCAGAAUCUUUUCACCAGCCUGGUGCUUCACCCCCACACACGGACCUCACUCACGUCUUUCGUUUUCUGAAGCCUAGAUCUUGUUAACAACCCAUCAGGUGCAGUGCCAGUUUCGAAUCACAUUAUCUAAGGAAACAAGAAAACAGAGGCAGCAGAAUAUUGGCAUAUUAUAGUCCAAAGCAUUUAGCUGACUUAAAAAAAUUUUUUAAGGAUUUCCUAUGGUUGUCUAUAGUUAAUGUUUUCGAUCAGAAUAAAGAAGGUGAAAGGAAAGAGGGUAUAAGUGAUGGGUUUUUUUCAGUGGGGAAAAAUGGUUGGCUGAAAUUGGAAUGUAUCUUCGGGUCUGGAUCUUAGAGGUCUGACUACAUAAGUAAGCAGUGUUAACUCCAUUCUCAUACCAGUAGCCCUCUAGAAAAUAAAGCAAAGUAGCUCUAGUACGGUCAAGUUAUCAAACGAUAUUGUAAAAAAUAGCAAAUUUUCAUUUGUCCACAACAUGCAUAUUUCUAGAGUAGUUAGGUACCAUUUGUAAGGUAAGUCCUUUAAAAUUCUAUAAUACAUAUUAAAGUAGUGGUUAUUGGUCUGAUAUAUGCUGCUCUUGGUUCUAUAAGCUAGAUAAAAGCAGUGCUUUGUGAAAUGCAGUGUUAUAUCUUAAUGCCACUGGUGAUAGAAAGUAGUUCCCUUCAGUUCAAAUCCUGUGCCCUUAUCUGCUGCUUGCUGACGUAAGCAAUAAGUACCCCUCUAAUGGUUUCUACACAUUUCUGUAACUUGUACUUAAUGAUGGUGUAUCUGGUGAUUGUAAAAAUAGUAGACAGAUAAAAAAGUAUCUCUAUAAUAUAUAUUAACUGUUAACGCUGAGGUGUAUAGUCUGUGAGUUAUGUGUUUUGUACUUUUAUUCAUUGUGUAAUUUAGUGGUGGUGAAAGUUCUACAGUCUUUAGGAGUGGCAGUAUCCCUUUUUGAAUUUAACAUGAUCUGCAUCAAUUUGUUUGCCUGCUAAAGUUUCGUUAGACUAGGAAAUAGUAAAACAAAUAUGAACAAGAAAGUAUAGUAGUAGUUAAGGAAACAGACUUCAAGUCACCAACUGAAGUAAUUACAAACUCCUUGUACAUUCACUGUGAGUUCCAAAGGGAAUCGGCCCCUAAUUUACAGGCUUCCUUUGUUCACUUUCUGGACAUGGACCGUAGAGGGAGAGCUGAUGUUAAGCAGCAUUUUCACGCCAAACACUGGGGCUACGAGUCCCAGUUGGGUCUGACUACAUAAGUAAGCAGAAGAUGGUGGAAACACACAUGUAAAUACCUUUUCUUUACCUAGAAGUGCCAUCCAUUGUCCUUGAAUUAAUAAGAUUAAAAUUCCUGUUGCAUUUACCUAGGAGGACCUUUGAAAGUAACACCUUUUCCAGGGACAAUGUCAACAAUGUCAAUGUCAACACUGAGUCUGAUUCUGACCACAUUUAUGGUGGUAGAAUGUCAACGUGGUGUAUAGUAUCACACUGCAUUUCCAUGACAACCACACUCCACUGUUGGAACACUGUGCCAGUAAGAAGUGCAACAUCCAAUGGGCAGAUGAAAAUGAUGCAUAAAGAGUUCAGUGUUUACAGAUAAAACUGCUGUGGUUCAAGUGCUUCCUUCCCCAUCAAAGGCUUGCCGAGGCUUUGUAAGAAAGUGAUUAAGUUAUUUUGAUGUUUAAACAUGCUGUGUUCACUUAAUGAUCAUUCUCACCUAAGCAAGGCCAUAAAUGGGGAUACUAUAGUUUUAGUCACAUCAUAAUUUUCUUUGGAUCAUAUUAGCAAAAGAAAACAUACUUUUUUCACCUCUUAAAAUCAUGUGAUGUUAAAGGACAAACACCCACUCUUCUGUUCUGACAUGUGAAUAGCUUAGAUGUCUUUUUCAAAACAAGAUACUGCCAGUAUUAUAACACUAUUUUCCAGACAAAGGGUACUGUGUAGAAAAAUAAUUAUUUCCUCUAGCAGCAUUUUAUCUUCUAUUGUGAAGACUAUUUAUUGUACUAUUUAGAAAAUAUGAAAUAAGAUAGGGAACUCCAGACUGACACAGCAGUUGUUCUGGAAAAGGAAAUACUCUAAUAAACUUUGAUGUACUAGAUAGUCCACAGAUACAUCAUUGUUAACUUACUCUAGGUGCUCUUUGGUGAGAGACAGGCUUUGUUCUCUUGUUCAUGACAUUUCUCUGCAAAGAAUUCUCUAUGGAGUGAAGCGAAUGAAGUGAAUCAUUUCUUACCAAGUAAAUUGAUCAAUUUAUGAACCUGCUCUACAGCUCACUUUUGAGUUCAGUUGUAAUCAUGAGUGAUCCUUCAUAUUUUAUUAAAACUGUUCAUUUGGGUAGGAAGUAUGUUGAAAUUUUGCCAAUAUCUUAAUAAAACCCAGCAAUUUAAAA